AUGGUGGACCUUGAUCACACGGAGCGUUGCUGUGCUGACAAACGUUACCAGCGGUGCCGUCCCUGGGUUCACAACAUCCUCAUGAGACAUUCCCAAUUUGGGGCGUAUCAUUGUAUGCUGCAGGAGCUGCGUCUGGAUGACGGCCGCUUCCAGCGCCUUCAGCAUGUCUGCACGCCGGCUUUUGUCUUUGCAGUGCACGCUGAGCAGGUGCCGUCUCUGGGCUCCGAGGGGGAGGAUGAGGUGGGCCUAUGGGGCCUGGAGCUCCAGGAGACCCUAGACAAGACGAGCCUGACGUCCAGCGAGGGGACGGAGGAGCCUGGCAGCCCCGCUCGCUGCACGCGUCCACACAGCCUCAGCCCCGGCGGCAGGAACCGCUGGAUGCAGGGGGAGGCUGAGGCGGUGGAACACGCCUCCACCACAUCUGUCACCGACAUGGAGAGAGAGCAGGAACCACUGAGGAUGUUCUGUAAGGACUCAGAUUCCCAGACUGCUUUGGAGGACCUGGCCCACUAUGAAUUCCUUGUCCAUUUGAAGAAGGCUUCCAGCUCAGCCGAACUCUUGGACCAUCUAACCCAUAAUGGUUCUAUAUCCAUGCGCCGCCCCAGCAGCAGGGACGAGGAGCUGCCGCCUGCCAUGUGGUCACCGGGCAUACGGCGCCGCUCACCUGAGAGAGCAGAUGCGGUGAGGAUGCAGCAGGCCUGUCCGUUCUGCCGCAGGACAUACCAGCGUGGCGCCUCUCUAAGGGACCACAUCAAGUACUGUCAGGAGAGGGACGGGGGCCACAUGGUCUGUCCGCUCUGUGGUUACACUGCCACCCAUAGGGCACAGAUGGAGCAACAUCUGGAAUUUCACAAUCAAGUGCAGGACAAGAGCACCAUCACGUACGACCAAGGCAUGGAGUCCAGGAAGUUCAAAUGUCUGCAGUGCGGGAAAGCCUUCAAGUACAAACACCAUCUCAAAGAACAUCUCCGCAUACACAGUGGUGAGAAACCAUAUGAGUGUUCCAACUGUAAGAAACGAUUCUCUCACUCAGGCUCUUACAGCUCCCACUUAAGUAGCAAAAAGUGCCUUAAUGCAGGAGGAACCGGAGGGGGGAGUACAGGAGGGAUGUUUAAUGGACACAGCCAAUACUCCCAACGUCAGAUGUUAUCCACAUCACCCUCUGCAGGCGGAGGGAGAAACAGCAAUGACAAGGGUUCCCCAUUGGAUUCACAGAUUCAAGAUCAUACAAUGCCCCUGGGGCAAAUCCCAGAGGCACCUCACCUCAUUUUCCUGCAGGAUCUACAGAACCCCUCAGGCUUCCCCAGAGCUUUGGAUUUGUCCAGACUUUGGGAGCCUUCAUCAGAGUUCUCCAUGAGGGCCAGUGUCCUCAAAGGAGCUACCUUGCUGCCUUAUCUCCACUCUGGGACUAAGUUUGAGCAAAUGCUGCAGGAGAUGCUUCAUGGUGAUGGAAAGAGAGCUGAGGACACAGACAAAGAAGGAGGUCCUUUGGAGAAAAGAAGAGUAAUUUACAAUGGAGGAGGGUCUGAUAUGAAGGUUUCACCUGACAAGAGUGUCAGGAGGUCAGUUGAACUAGAAAGAGGAGAUGUUGGAGUGAUGUGCCAAUGGUGCUCACAGCUUUUCCCCAACAUAGCAGUGCUGCUGCAGCAUGAGCGGUACCUCUGUAAAAUGAACCGAGAGGCAGUAGAGGUAACUGACAGCCUUCAUGGCAAAGACCAUCACUCACCACCUUUAUUCUCCACCAGAUCCGAUCUUCAGCCAGAGAACAGCAACCAAAGUGAAAUACCUAAUGGCCUCUCUGGAAACAAAUCACCCUUGCAGAUGCACAACUGGCACUCGGUACCACAGCAGCUUUUAGUCGCGAUGCACUCUCCCCAACAUUCUCGCCACGAUCCCCUGUCCUCACAAAUGUAUUGGUCCAACCAGGAAAGCCGCAGCCCCAGCCAGCCCAUCACCUAUUCCCCAGAGCUGGCAUCACCAAGAGCCAGAAAGAGAAUUCAUUCAUCAGGAUUUGGUUCUCCAGUCUGCCUUGACCUCUCCAGCUGUCCUCUUGAACUCUCGUCCCCUCACAUCCAGACCGGGGCUGCACAGAAUGAGCCUUUGGACUUGUCCCUGCCCAAGCAGCUUCCUGUCCAAGACCGGAAAACCAAAGCAGUUAAUGGCAAUUCAAGCAAUGGAGAGAAGCGGGAAUUACUGUCCCAGCACCUUAGAAGAUUGAGUCCAAAACUUCCUUUACAUCUACCCCUCCACCAUCACCCCAUCUACAGCGGGGCUGGACCACCCCUAUUUCCAGGCUCUAUAUUCAAUCGCUUUCCACUUUUUAACCAGUCUGGUUUAGGACUUCCAGGGCAUGAUGGCAUCACAUCUAUGCCAUUCAACCAGCCAGCAAAUGGCCCGGGAUUUGUCUCACCCAUGGCGUACAUGAUGGAUGCAGAGGCAGAGGCUGUGCUGAAGAAGAUCCAUCAGGACCGACAGACUCUCAUGGGUCUGGACUACCUGUCUCUUAUGGAAGAAGGCAUGGACGGAGAAGGAGCUCCAGGGAGGAAACGACUGAAGAAAACUGACGAGGGUCUCUACGCUUGUGACAUUUGUGAAAAAACCUUCCAGAAAAGCAGCUCACUUCUCCGACACAAAUAUGAGCACACAGGCAAACGUCCUCACGAGUGUAAGAUCUGCAACAAGGCCUUCAAGCACAAACACCACCUGAUCGAGCACAGCCGCCUUCACUCUGGAGAGAAACCCUACCAAUGCGACAAGUGCGGAAAGCGCUUCUCUCACUCUGGAUCAUACUCCCAACACAUGAACCACCGGUACGCUUACUGCAGCAAAGACAACGACCUAGACCAAGACCAUGAUGAGAUGCCUCUUACCCCAGGACCGGGCACCCAUCUCAGAGGGGCGUCUAUGGAGGACACCCAAACCGCCCAUUCCUUCCUCAGCGAUUCCAGUCUGGAUGGAGCUCCAGAGACCCUCAAAGAGGAGGAAGAGGAGGAGGAUGUGGAGGAAGAUAAAGAUGCUGGAGUUAGUGAUGGUCAUUUUGAGGAUGUACCUGUAAGUCUGCUGCAGGUGGAGGGCGGGGCAGUUCAAGAGUCACAUACAAAGGCAAAAGAGGAGCCACGUGAAAGAAACAGUGGUGAGGAUGAAAAUCAUACCGACGGCACAGAGAGCGAUCCUUGGGACACCGAGAAUCACAAUCAAGACUCCGACAAAUGUGAACUGAGCCAGGAAAUAACAGAUUUACAGUUACAGAUGAUAAAAACUUAAGGGUCUUCAUCAAGUAAACAAGAUGCAUAUGCUGUAUAUAUUAAUGCAUUUACCUGUCGUGUAUAACAGUUAUGCUGAUUUCCUCAUCAUAUGACAACAUGGAAAAAUGCACAGAACUGCCAAAGUGUAAAUGAAAUGGAUGAAGCCAUACUUCUAAACAUAGGUGACAAGAUAUACUAUAUAGUAACUGUUUGUGCCCAGUAGACCUGCUACUGUAUACGCUUGGACCAACUUCACUUCAACAUCAGCAACAUUUGGUUUUGCUCUCAUCCAGAAUAUGCCAGUUCUUCAGGUUUCAGGUCCAAUACGAAGCUGAAAAUGUGGUUACUUGACUUUUCACGCAAGAAAGUUACUCUGCAGGCUGGCUGCAGGGUGAUGAGGUGUGUUAGAUGUCACAGUGAUCUUAAUCUGGAUACAUAAAGUUCCAGAAGUGUGCAGGUUUCGGUUGCUUACAUCGACAUCAUAUCAUCAGGGGAUUUCACCUUCUCGCUACUCGAGGUGUUCUUAAUCAGUUCUAUCAGCCACUGGAGUCCAUGGUUGGACUGAAAACCUGCAGCCUGACGGCCUUUUAUGGAACCAGUUUGACAUCGUUGGUUACAGAUGGAGCCGUGUCAUUCAGGAUAACCUGAUACUGUGUUAGUAUAUUUAUUCCUCCUUAUAAACGCAAUUAAUCUUUUACCAUAUAAUUUCCUACAUUUAAUAAAUUGUGGUAAAUAAUACCACUGCAACUGACAUAACCUGUCAGAUCAGGUAAUGUCACCAAAAGAGGUCAUUAAAAAACAAAAAAAAAAGUUAUGUGCCUGUCACUUUAAUCAAAAAAGAGCUGCUACUGGCCACGCCCCCACCUCCAUGGGUUGAGGGAGCUGAAGUAAUAGAAUGUAUGAUGUCUGACGACAUUACAUACAAAAAAACUCCAGCUAUCUUUAAGUAUAAAAAGCUUGAUAAAAAACCGAUUUUGCACAAUUCUAAUGACGCUCUAGCUUUUAAUUUGAUCUCCUUAACAUCGCAAGACUCAUGAAAUCAGAAUGUAAAAUUCCAAAAUUUUAGACUUUUUUCUAGAUUUGUUGAAGCUGAGUAAUGCAGAUUUGUUAUUUGUACGGAAUCCAGCUCCUGAAGGAUAACAAAGACCAGUUAGCUGUUGAGUUCUUUAUAUGCAGUCAACAUGUGACCAGGCCAGAAGUGUGCACAUCUGGCUGAGGUCCCAGAUAGUGAAACGCAUAUUAGACAAGGAUGAAUUUUUUUGUAUUGAAACAAAUACGUCUCCACACAUACAAAUCAAGGAUUGCUAGUGGAGGUGGUGUGCAAGUUCAGUGAGCUCCGUAACUAUAAUGACACAAUAUUUAGAAUGAAAAUACACAACUACGCAGCUAUUACUUGGACCCAAAGUGACUAAGUGCAUGAGAAUACGAGUAUGGACGUAUUAUUUGUCAGAGCUUUUAAUGCUGUGAAAUUACAAGGUUCGUAUCACCAGUGGUUCCUCUUCAGUUUAACUGUGGUGCUCUGAGGCUGCAGAAAAUUCAAUCAUUCAGCAGCGCCAUUAGGUGGAACGUGAUGGCAUUUCAAAUAAUUCUAGGAGUUUUCCAAAAACCAAAAACAAAGCAA